AUGGUGUCUCAUCUUAAGACGUUAUACUUAUGUAGUGGUGACGAACAUAAAAACACUAUUCGAGAAGCCAUUGAGAAUAAUUCAAUUGUGUUUGCGGCAUUCGAGGAGACUUUAAGGGGACUCGAACAAUGGAUAUGUAGAAGGUAUACGAGAAUUCAUGUCAUGAGUUGGGCAUGUCAUCAUCCUGAUGGUCUAGUUCGAGUUACUCUUGGGACAAAGGAGGCCAGAAGUCACAUUGUAGGUAUUGCAAAACCAUCUACAAUAGACUUUGAUAAACUUGAUGCAAAUAUGGGGAUUGUUUUGGUGAUCAAGCCUCAGAAUAGGCAAGAUUGUAGAUCUGGGAAUCAGAAAGCCUUGCAACAACUUCACAUUCUUGAGUGCUUAACUACUUGGAGGGAUGCUGAUGGUAUUUCCAAGUUAGUUGAUAGUGUGUUGGGUAGCUCCGAGCAAGAGAAGUUAGGCCAUAAAGGGGUUCAUAUUGACGAGUGA